GUCGGAGCUUCAAUUGCAACGCGUCGAAAAUGUUAACUGUGCUUUUACUUAUAAUAUGUGCAAUCGUAUUUCUAUAUCUAUCGUAUAAAUAUGCCGUGGAUCGUCCCAAAGGCUUUCCGCCUGGUCCUCCACGUUUACCCGUCUUCGGGAGCUACCUGUUUCUGUUGCUGAUCAAUUAUAAAUACUUGCAUAAGGCCGCGUUAACGCUAAGCAAGUGGUACAAAUCGGAUAUUAUAGGCCUAUAUGUUGGAAAGUUUCCUGUAGCCGUCGUUCACAAUGCUGAAGGCGUACGCGCGAUAUUGAAUAACCAGGACUUCGAUGGACGACCAGCCAUAUAUGUUGGACAAAUGCGUGAUCCAGGCGAUUCUAUACGAGGUAUAUUCUUCCAAGAGGGCGUACUGUGGAAAGAGCAACGACGCUUCAUUCUUCGCUAUCUAAGGGAUUUUGGGUUCGGUCGACGUUUUGACGAGCUGGAGCUAAUAAUUAAGGAGGAGAUUACCGAUAUGUUGGAUCUUAUUCGCAACGGUCCCCGCUAUGAGCACGAGCAUCAUCUGGUCAAACCAGGCGGCUACCGUGUGCAAUUACCAUUGCUUUUCAGUCCCUUUUCAGUUAAUUGCCACUUUCACAUUGUCCACAAUGAGCGUCAGUCACGUGCUGAUAUGGCCAAAUUAGUGAAACUGUCUCAAAUGGGCUUACAGUUUCAGCGUGUUGCCGAUGAUUAUGGAAGGUUGUUGAGCAUUAUACCAUGGAUACGCCAUUUUUGGCCCGAAUCAAGUGGAUAUAGAGAGUUGAAGGAGGCCAACGUAUAUGUCCUUGAAUACUUUUCAGAGUUUGUGGAUCGCCAUUUGGCUACCUAUGAUGACAGUUGUGAACGCAACUUUAUCGAUCUGUAUAUAGCCGAAAUGAAGAAGAGCCCACCCAAGGAAUUCGGCUUCAAUCGGGAGCAGUUCAUUAUGGGCCUUGUAGACUUCUCGUUCCCCGCCUUUUCAGCAAUCGGUGUCCAGUUGUCUCUUCUUGUGCAAUACUUUUUGCUUUAUCCCGAAGUCGCGAUACGCAUUCAACGUGAGAUCGAUGAGGUGGUAGGAUGUGGUCGCUUACCAACACUGGAGGACCGCAAGAGUAUGCCCUAUACUGAGGCCACGAUUCGGGAGAAUCUUCGCAUCGAAACUCUGGUCCCCUCUGAUAUUCCCCACAAGGCUAUGGUAGACACUGAGCUGCUCGGCUACAGCAUUCCCAAAGGCACAAUUGUAAUACCCAGCUUAUAUGCUUAUCACUUGGACAAACGAGUUUGGAAGGAUCCGGAAAAUUUCCGACCUGAGCGUUUUCUAGAUGAAAACGGUAAAUUCUGCCUCAAAUCGGACGUAUCCCUGCCCUUUGGGGCUGGCAAACGCCUUUGUGCUGGAGAGACAUUCGCCAGAAAUAUGCUAUUCCUUAUGACCACAGCAAUGUUGCAGAGUUUUGAUUACACCCUUGCACCAGGGGACUCUCUACCUGAUCUGUCCAAGAAUAACAAUGGAUUAAUUAUAUCACCACCCGAUUUUUGGGUGCAAAUAAAGGAGCGAUCCCAUUAAGUUUAAAAAAUAAAACAUAAUCAUAUAACUAUUCAAACCAAAUAUAUUAAGAAAUAAUAAAAUAUAGAG